AUGAUGGUACCUGGAGUUUCACUGUGGUCUUUGGAACCCCAACCGACAAGUCUCACUCAGGUCGUCGCAACGAUAAAAAGCCGCAAUGAUGGCUGGCGCAACAGUAACUAUCUGUCAACAUUCAGAGUUCAGCCUAGGUAUCAACAAACUGGCACUUCAUUACAUAUGGAUGAGACCAAUAGACUGUCACUGGCAGGCUCAAACUCAACGCGGCAAGUGUACAGGGCUCGACGUGCCCACCGAAAAUCGAGGACGGGCUGUAUGAAUUGCAAGCGUCGAAGGGUCAAAGUAACGAACCCCAACCCAACCACUCCACAGGCCAAUUUAACUGACAUUAUUGGAAGUGUGAUGAAGCAAAACCGCAAUGCAAGCGACACGGCUUCGUCUAGUUCUGGCGCUUCGCUUUAUUGCAAUGGCGCAUUGGCAGUUGGCGCAAUGACGGCUAAUCUCGAUUAUAUCUUACACUCUGACCUCAGAAAUGAGAAACUCCACUGGUGUGGUCCAUGUGACUCUCUUGGAUCCUUUGGCCUGGCCAUGCUAGCACAUUUCUCUCAGAUGGUAUCCGUGCACUCUCCCACGUUUGCCCCGAUUAAGAAGGUCAUGCGAGAGCGUACUAUCCAAGUAGCUCUUGGGGAACCGUGCCUUUUGUAUUCCAUAAUGGCAGUGGCAAGCACACACUGGGCCUCUGCUCUCCCCUCGGACCCAACGCAUACCCUGGUAGCCACACGCUUUCGACACAAAGCCACCCGGAUAUAUCGACAAAGCCUUCAACUACCAAUCGGCCGAGAUAACAUGGAUAUGCUGAUCACAAGCUGCAUUUUGAUUGGAAUGUUCUCCUUCUCAGCUGAGACGACAACCCCGCUCGACUCCUGGGUCUUUUCCGAUGAUCCGGUCAGCAUGAAUUGGCUCUCCGUCCAAUGUGGAUUACGCUGUCUUCUAGAGAUCACCGAACCAUGGAAGAAAGAGAGCAUUUGGAAUGAACCGUUCCAAGAAACGAGUAACUACGAAUACGCUGAUGAUCAUCGAAUGGGUCGCGAAGAUCUCGAUGCCGACCUGGCCGACCUAUGCGAUAUUACCGAAACCACGACGGAAGAGACAAACCCCUUCCAUUGGCCUCUUCGUAUGCUGUGCCCGUUACUGCGCAUCCCUCGCCAUAAAUGCGGGGCGCCUCGCAUAACGAACUUUAUGGGUCGGCUGCUACCGGAUUUCGUGAAUCUGCUUGCUGCGAAGGAGCCCCGUGCUCUGCUUAUCUUGUCCUACUGGCUAGCACUAAUGGCUACCUCUGUCGAUGAGUGGUGGGUUGGCCCCCGCGUUACGCUUGAAUGUCAAGCCAUUUCUUCGGAGAAUAAGCAUUGCCGCUCAGGAAGCCCCAAUAUCAUGAGUGGACCAGGCGACGGAGAAGAUGACAUGGCGGUAUUUCAACAGGUUCUCGACCACCUGGACUUGGCAAAGAUACCGCCCUUUGCCUUAUCCAUUCGCCAGCAGAGUGAAAAUGAAGAAGUCGGAACAGCGACAUGCACCAGCUGUAGUGUUUUGCCUGAGCGGUUCUUCGGUUCUAAUAACAUCCUGUUUCCACUUGAAUUCAAUACCGGCUCGAAGUGGGUCUUGAAAGUUCCCGUGAACGGAUAUCCAGGCGGUUUUAACGAUAUGCAUGCCCGUGUCCUAAAGGCCGAAGCCUCAACAAUGCAGCUCCUCAGGCGAAAAACGACAGUCCCCACCCCCACUGUCUUCUCGUUCUCCGCUACCCUAGAUAAUGACCUGGGUUGUCCCUACAUAUUGAUGGAGUAUAUCGACGGCAAGUCGACCCGCCAUGUUUGGUUCAAUGAUGAACUGGAUGCCGCUAGUCUAGAGCGCCAUCGGACACAGGUUCUACAGGAUCUAUCCAAAAUCAUGUUGCAGCUGAAUCAAUUUACCUUUUCGGAGGCCGGCUCGCCAAUUUUUGACAACGGAAAUAAUCCCAUUGGUGUGGGACCGUUGAGAGUUAUGGAUAUGCCAGCAAUGCUGGAGGAACUGAGAACGAACGACGUAUGGGACAUAGUCAUUCAAUCCGAGAUUGAACCCAUUUCAGAUCCAAAGGCCUGGAUGCUCUGCAUGUUCGAGCGUCACGAGCCACCUGAUGACAAGUUUAGCCAAGGCGCACAUCGACUUCUAAAGCACUUUAUAGAAUGGUUACCAUGGUCCGAGUUUGCACAAGAGCCAUUUGUACUGACACAUCCUGACUUCAACUUUCAGAAUAUUUUGGUUUCCGAUGAGGGCAAGGUGUGUGCAUUGAUUGACUGGGAAGGGGUUUCCACAGUGCCGAGAUUCCUGGGUAACGAGAGAUACCCUAGCUGGCUUACCCGUGAUUGGGAUCCGAUGAACUACGGCUACGGAAUCGAGGAAUCCUUUGUCCAGGAGAAUUCACCACAGGAGCUUUCUCACUAUCGACACUUGUACCGUGACAUGAUCAAGACUGUCAUCGCCGAAAGUCAAAUAGACGGUGAUGAAAGUGCCGUUGCUCUCUCUAAGCGAAACCUGGAGCGACACUUACCAGUCUUGGAAAGUCUUUCGAUUGCUGCAGAUCAGCUGAUCAACCUGCCUGAAAUUGUUCAAAAGCUUUUCAAUGAAGUGUCAAAGCAAGAAGGAUUUCCUGAGGAUCUCGAGCUGUGGGAGGUUUGUUUUGGACUUGCCGAUGAUGAUCUCGAUGAUGAACAAUUGGAAUCGGUCCGCUGUGGGUUUCAAAAAUUGCUUCAAUCGCACCAAUAG